AUGGCAAGUAACAGAUCCGUGCAGCGUGCCCAGGAACCCGUUACCUUCACGUGUGCUUUGUGUGACAGUGGGGACGAGGUACGAUGGUAUUGUAACGAUUGUCAGGAUAAUUUAUGUGACCGGUGUAAGGAAGCCCAUACACGCGGAAAGAAAACUAAAAACGAUGACGUCGUAUCGAUACGGAAGGCUAACCGUCAGGGCGACAAGCCUGUACCAGAGGUAUGUAAACUACAUCCCGAUAAACUGUGUGAUCUCUUCUGUUCCGACUGCAACGAAUUGCUUUGUUCAAUAUGUACAUCUAAAACUCACAAACACCACAACUGGAAACCUUUCGAAGACGAAUUUUCUUCUAAAAGGCAACAUUUGAAAGAGCAUAUGACAGCAAUUUCUGCUAAAAUAGAACAUUUUAAGAACGAAACAUCAGAGCGACAUUAUGAUAACAAAGGGUUCAAUGACAACAUUGAUACAAUUAGGAAAGAGGUGAACUCUAAAAGGACAAAGUUAAAGGCAGAAGUAGAUUCUAUCGCUGAUGCAAUACUCGCUGAAUUAUCGGCUUUAGAAAAAGAAGAAUCAGCUAUGUACAAGAAAGAUUGUCAACGAUCAGGGAAAAAAGUCGAAGAACUGACGCGUCUGCUUAACGAAGCGGAAAUGACAGAUACAUCAAGGGUAUCCUUGUUUGAAACAGAAAGGUCAUUGAGGACAACUCUGCCCCUGUAUGACGUUAAUGUGAGGUAUGUUUCACAAAAAAAAACAAGGUUUGUUACCGGAAGUAUCGACCGUGUCAUGUUGACGAACACGUUUGGUAAGGUACACCACGAGAACCAGUACAAGAAGAUAGACAUCGACAGUACAUACGUUCAACGUCUCUCUGAGUUUACUGUUACUCAACAGAAUCAAAUAUUCGAUAUAUGUCCAGUCGACGACAGUCACGCGUGGUAA